AUGAAUAUGAAGCCCAUUUUCUUCUUGUGCUUCCUUUGUGCACUACUUAUUAUCUCUUUUGCCGCAAUUGAACCAUCCAAAGAUGAAAAACAACCUACCAAUGAUGUAACAAAAGAAUCAAAAACAAAAGCUAGUGUAGAUGGUUGGGGAGGUGGUGGACAUCAUGGUGGUGGAGGUUGGGGAGGAGGUGGACACGGUGGUGGAGGUUGGGGAGGAGGUGGACACGGUGGAGGAGGACAUGGUGGUGGAGGCUGGGGAGGAGGUGGACGUGGUGGAGGCGGACACGCUUCUGACAUAGCAGAAGAAUCAAAAACAAAAUCUGGGGUAGAUGGAUGGGGAGGAGGUGGACAUCACGGCGGUGGAGGAUGGGGUGGAGGUGGACACGGUGGUGGAGGUUGGGGAGGAGGUGGACACGGAGGAGGAGGAGGAUGGGGAGGAGGUGGACGUGGUGGCGGAGGCGGACACCCGACUGAGAAAGAACAAGAAUCAAAAACAAAAGUCGGGCCAGAUGGUUGGGGAGGAGGUGGACACGGUGGAGGAGGACAUGGUGGAGGAUGGGGAGGAGGUGGACAUGGUGGUGGCGGACAUCCAACUGACAAAGUAGAAGAAUCAAAAACAAAAGUCGGGGUAGAUGGUUGGGGAGGAGGUGGACAUGGAGGUUGGGGAGGUGGUGGACAUGGUGGAGGCUGGGGUGGAGGAGGAGGACACGGUGGAGGCUGGGGAGGUGGUGGACAUGGGGGACGUGGAGGAAGUCCAUGA